AUGGUGGAGUGCGGCCAGGAGCCCUGCCAGGAUGCUGUCCCCUCGCUGCCGCCAUCGUGCCAGGGGCUGGAGAUUGGGAACGGCCACAAUCCAUGGAACCCAAGACCAUUGCUGGCGCCGGGUGGUGGCGAUCGGACGGGAGACGCAGGCAGGGGUUCUGCCGCCCUCAGGCACCCGCACUGCCCCGAGGUCGCUGCCCUGGAGCGGCAGGUGUUUGACUUCCUGGGCUGUCAGUGGGCGCCCAUCCUGGCCACCUUUGUCCACAUCGUCGUGGUCAUCCUGGGGCUCUUUGGGACCAUCUAGCACUGGCCUCGCUAUGUCGUGGUGGUGACUGUGUGGGCAGCCGUCUGGGUUACCUGGAACGUCUUCAUUAUCUGCUUCUUCCUGGAGGUGGGGGGACUGUCGAAGGUGGGUAAGUCGAGGGCUUGUGGCCGGGCCCCUGAGCGUUAUACACGGCUGCUUGUGGGUCACUGUCUCUCCCGUGGCCGGUUCGUGGCCCUGGCCCUGGUUCCCAGGACAGCCCCGGGUCACAGAAGGGACUCAUCUGAGUGUCCUCCCGCGGGCCUGGCUGGGGAGCCUAUGCCCAGUCAAGCCCCUGACUCCCUCAGGACAGCAGCCAGCCCUGUCCACUCUGUCCAGAACUGCCCGCCGGGCUGGGUCCUUGGCACCGGCAGCCAAACCAUCCGGCCUGGCCGGCUCCGACUUCUGCAGCCGCGUCUGCGCGUGGGCACCCCUUCCCCGAGAAGGAGAAAGCUGGUGCCCCUGGCUUUCGUCUACACCUGCUACAUGGUCAGCGUUUCCACCGAGGAGGACAGCUUGGAUUUCAUUGGUGGAUCUGACCCACUUCCUCUCCACCACGUCUAGGAGAAGCCUUCCAGCCUCUUGUUCGAGCAGGCGCACUAGUAAGCAUGGUCAGCAGAGCCCGCCCCUGGCUGGGCCUGGCCAGUUGGUUUAGCGUAGCUGCGAGGCUUCUCUCCUUGUGGAAGCCUCACCAGGCAUCCGUCUGCCUAUCUGUCCAUCUGUCUAUCGUCCGUCCGUCCACCUAUUCCUUGCUCCCUGAGAUCGGCUCCGUGCCGGCUCUGCUGGGUGUGGCAGAGCCGAGGCUCUGGGG